UUCCAGCUGCUCAUCUCUGAGAAAUCCAGCUGUGUCUCACCAUGGAUGCCACAGCCUGUAAUGAAUCAGUGGAUGGCUCACCCAUCUUCUAUCUGGUGGGCAUCCCCUCUCUGCCAGAGAUCUUCUUCCUCCCUGUGUUUUUUAUUUUCCUCCUCUUCUACCUUCUCAUCCUGAUGGGUAAUGCCCUGGUUCUGGUGGCCGUGGUGGCAGAGCCCAGCCUCCACAAGCCCAUGUACUUCUUUCUGAUCAACCUCUCCACCUUGGACAUCCUUUUCACCACAACAACUGUCCCCAAGAUGCUGUCCCUAUUCUUGCUUGGGGACCGCUUCCUCAGCUUUUCUUCCUGCUUACUGCAGAUGUACCUCUUCCAAAGUUUUACAUGUUCAGAAGCCUUCAUCCUGGUGGUCAUGGCCUAUGACCGCUAUGUGGCUAUCUGCCACCCACUGCACUACCCUGUCCUCAUGAACCCACAGACCAAUGCUACCUUGGCAGCCAGUGCCUGGCUUACUGCCCUCCUCCUGCCCAUCCCAGCAGUAGUAAGGACCUCCCAGAUGACAUACAACAGAAUUGCCUACAUCUACCACUGCUUCUGUGAUCAUCUGGCUGUGGUCCGGGCCUCCUGCUCUGACACCACCCUCCAGAUCCUCAUGGGCUUCUGCAUCGCCAUGGUGGUGUCCUUCUUCCCCCUUCUCCUGGUGCUUCUCUCCUAUGCCCACAUCCUGGCCUCGGUGCUUCGCAUCAGUUCCCGAGAAGGACGGGCAAAAGCCUUCUCCACCUGCAGCUCCCACCUCCUGGUGGUGGGCACCUACUACUCAUCUAUUGCUAUAGCCUACGUGGCUUACAGGGUUGACCUGUCCCUUGACUUCCACAUCAUGGGCAAUGUGGUAUAUGCCAUUCUUACACCAAUUCUCAACCCCCUCAUUUACACUCUGAGAAACAGGGAUGUAAAGGCAGCCAUCACCAAAAUCAUGUCUCAAGACCUAAGCUGUGACAGGAGCAUUUGACCUUUAAAUGCAGCUAAUUCUGCUUCCAGGACACCAAA